AUUUAUUAGAUUACAACGCGUGCGCGCCUCGUACUUAGUGUUAAAAAAUGUUAAAAGCUAUUGCAAUAUUUUUUCUUGGGGUAACAGCCGCCCUACCCCAAGUUCCGUACGAUUACUACCACGUGCUACACUUGCCCCACUCACCCCCAUUAUACCCAGUGUUUGACCGGCCUCCUCACACGGAAUUCAGCUGUGCUGGACGCCCAAGAGGCUACUAUGCUGACGUGCAAGCUGGAUGUCAGGCUUACCAUUUCUGCUGGCGUCAUCGUCUGGUCAAUACUGACCUUUGUACGAAUGGGACUCUUUUCAACGAACAGUUUCAGGUGUGCGAUCAUUUCUACAAUGUACGUUGUGGAUCACCUUACGAAGACCUGUAGUUAUUAUUAAAUUAAAAU